AUGUUUCCGUUACGGAAGCCCAGUCAACGGGACGAUCCGAGCCCAGUCAACGAACUGGCUGGGAAUCCUUCUCGCCAAUUGAAGAACUUGGUGAUUAGCGUGGCAGGUCAAAAAAAAAAAAUCAACAACAACAAAACAAAACGAAAGAAGAAGAAGAAGAAGAAGAAGAAGAAGAAGAAGAAGAAGAAGAAGAAGAAGAAGAAGAAGAAGAAGAAGAAGAAGAAGAAGAAGAAGAAGAAGAAGAAGAAGAAGAAGAAGAAGAAGAAGAAGAAGAAGAAGAAGAAGAAGAAGAAGAAGAAGAAGAAGAAGAAGAAGAAGAAGAAGAAGAAGAAGAAGAAGAAGAAGAAGAAGAAGAAGAAGAAGAAGAAGCUGUGCAUUAUUGUUGGCACAACACUCAUUCAAUCACAUAUUUAUCUCAUAUUUAGUCUUCAUCCUCUAGGGUCAGGAAUGUAG